ACUUAUUUUACGGUAAAUAAUUAAACCAAAAAUCAAAUAAAAUAAAACUAAUCGUCGUUUUAAAUUAAUUAACAAAACGCUACAAGAAGAUCUACUGUCACGGGAACAAAAAAGUUAAACUGAUUUAUCCGCGCCGACUGAUCGAUGACGUUGAAGAAGCACUUUCUGGCCGCCAUUUUUUCAAUACUUGGAUGGCAACAUAUAGGCGUGAUAUCGUAACAACCGAAUGCUGUUGAAACAAAAUUAUUGAUUUUAAAUUUAUAUUAUGUUGACUGUCAUUAUACAGAGGCUGGAACAAUUACCAUGUACAAGAAAUUGAUAUUUUGAUUACUGAAUUGGAAUUUUUUUUUUUUAAUUGAGUUAUUUACCGUGCUCAUAUUUGUUAAAUUGUAAUAUUUAGUACAUUCAGAGACAAAUUACACUAAACACAAUGCCUCCAAUUGAUCCCAUGCAGUUGUUAAACUGCUUAAAAGUAUUGUUGAAUGAAGAUACUGGUGGUCUUAAAGGUCCUCCGGAAGCAAUGCAAAUAUCCAGGUUAAUGGCAAAAUUUUCCAAAAAAAUUGUUAGUAAAAGCCUUUAUGUUUUUAUUUUAAAAGAAUCUACACCUCAUCUAUUAAAUAUAUUUAUGGAUGCUGGUGGUUGGAAUUUAGUUUAUAAUUGGUUGAAGGAUGCUGUAGAAACUGAUCAUAUUGUACUAAUACAAGAUUUAUUAAAAAUAUUUCAUAUUGUUCCUGUAACAAUGGAACGGUUAAAAGCUAAUGGCGGACCAAAAUUAGUCAAAAAGUUAUCUAAAACUCAUAUUGAUCAAGAAGUGAAAACCCUUGCACAACAGUUAGUAGAAAAAUGGUUAAAAGUUGUCAAAACUGAGCAAUGGCAUAGUAUGAUGAGUGAAAAAGAAAGCCUUAUAAAACAAGACUCAUCAGAUAACAUAAAAUCUGAUCCUGUAAUUCAUACAAUUUUAAAUGCACCUAAAAUUGAUUCUGGAGCUUCUUCAGAAUCAACUAGUGAUAAUAUUUCGAUAGAUACCAAAACAAAAAUUGAUAAAACAAAAGGUAAAAUUGAAAAUGAAAAAGUUCGUCUGAAGAAAGAUAAAGUUAACACAAAUUUAAAAGUUAAAGAUGAUAUUGAAAAGAUACGAGAAAAACCUAAGAUUGAAAAAGAAAAAAUAAAAGACAAGAUUAAAGAUGACUCCGAUGAUGCUAAAGAGAAAAAAAGACGUUUGAAAGAUAAAAAUGGUAAUCCUUUUUUAAGAAUAAUUGGGGAAAUGACUGAUGAAAAAUCUGACGAAGACAAAAAAAUUGAAAAUAGUAAUUUAAAUUUAUCCAAACAUGCAAGUCGAAGAAAACAAAAUUUAAAAAAUGUUUCUUCUGGAGAAAAACCUGUAAAAGUAAAAUUAUUAAAUGACUCUAAAAAGUACAAUAGUGAUUCAAAUUCUGGGUCAGAUUCAAAAAAAGAAAUAAGACCAUUACCUCCUCCAGCUCCUAAACCUAAACUACCAGAAUCUAAAACAAUUUUAGAGAAAAAAAAUUAUUCCAUUCAUAUUGAAAAGAAAGAAUAUGUUGGUGAAAAAAAACCAACUGUUAAAACUUUCAAGUCAAAAUUUCGAAGCAUUGGUCUUGAAGAGCAGCCUCCGCCGCCUCCUAAGUCUAAAGCUCAAUCUAAAAAAGUAACCAAGAAUUUAGCACCUUUAUCUUUACCUAAAGUUGAAAAAAGAAGUUUGUCGCCUUCAUCAGAUUCCCCAAAUGAAAAGAAACUCAAGAGUUCCUCUCCUUCAGAUAGCAAAAAACUACCACCUAAUAUUCAAGAAAGUGGUUUGUUUAUGGAUGCUGUGUUAAAUGUAAUAAAUUCAGCUCCAAAAAUUACCAAAAAGCGGAAACCUAAAACUGAAGCUAUUAAGAAAAAUCAAGACUCUCAAUUAACAACUCCAUUAUCGCCAUCCCAUUUAUCUUCAAAACUUGAAAUAUCAUCGCCACCAAAAUCUCCGGUUCAUUCCCCUUCGACAUUAGACUUGGACUCUUUAACUACACCUCAGUCAAAUAACGAUGAAUCACUGUCAUUUUCUGAAACAGCCAUGUCUUCAGAUUAUGUUCCAUUAUUGACAGAAAAUAAUACGAAUGAUGUGGUACCUGAUCACAUGAUAUCUGAACCUAUAACAAAAGAAGAACCAAUCAUUGAGAAACCACCUCAACUUAAAUUUUAUCGAGAUACUUUAUUGGAUGCUUCUUCUGAAUCAUUCAAUACUGAUGAAAAAGAUGAAACAAUUGAAGAUAAAAUGUCUGCUGAUGAAUCUACUAAAAUUAAUGAUGUUGAUAACAAAGAUGGUCUAAGAAGUGUUCUCGUGUAUGUUAGAAACAAAUCAUCAAAAAAAUCAGUUUCAUGGAGACAAGAAAAUGAUUUAGUCCAAGUUUCUUACUUUGAACACGACGAAACUGAAAGAGUGAAUGUUACAAAGAAUUUUAAAGCUAUGGAAAUGCACGAACGUGAUGUGGAAAGACAAAACUUCAUAGCUGUCCGAAAAUUAAAUGCUAAUGAUAAAAUGGAACCAAAAAUUCCUUGGCGAUAUUUAGAUGAUAGCUUAUUAGUUGAUAUACCAGAAGAACCUGGCAAAGAAAAAAUUGAACCGGGAAGUGGCAGUCAAGAAAAAAAGAAACAGACUCUCAGAGAGCAAUCAAUUCUACCAACUAUUUACUUUUCUAGAAAUAUGAUACCAGAUUCACCAGCAGAACCUGAUCAAAUGGAAAUAGUCCCAUAUUCUGAACCAUUAAACAUACCCUUAGAAGAUAUGUCAGGAGAUACAGCACCUAUAUACAAUUAUGUCAAUACUGUUUGGCCAGAACCAAAAGGAGAUCAGCCUCAUAUUGUAGAUUUUCCUCUUGGAAUGAACAACAUGAUGACAGUUCCCAACAUGAUGUUGCCUCAACCUCAAUUUCCUGGAUAUGGUAAUAAUCAAAUGAAUUGGGGAAUGACACCUGAAAAUAUGAUGGGAAUGGGUCCACCGACGAAUAAUAUUUUUAUUCCUCCAAACCAAAUUAUGAUGAACAAUCAGAUGUAUAUGGGAGAUCAAUUGCCUCAGCAGCCUCAAUCUAUACAAUCACAACAACAACAAUCUGCACAACCACAACAUCAUCAAGUCCCUGUUCAAGAAGACCAGUGGAUGGGUCCACCAGGGCCCCCUAUGCAACAUGAUCAGCAUUGGGGUCAGCAUCAACCACCUAAUAACAAUGGACCUCCCUCACAUUUUGAAAGAGGUGGUGGUGGUAGUGGUGGUGGUAGCCGUGGUCAUACAAGAUGGGAUAAUCCUAGAGGUGGUAAUUAUGAUUCGUACCGAGGGAAAAUGAAUCGUAAUAAUCAACGUGGUAAUAGAGGUGGGCCAUACAACCGAAGAGGUGGUCAUCCAGGUAAUGGAAGAGCUGGUCGCUUAUGUAAAUAUUAUUCGAAACAAGGUUUCUGUAAAACUUCAAAUUGUGCAUUCUUACAUUCAAAAGGUUAAUGGUAUAUAUUAACAGUUUUUAUUUAUAAUCAUUAUUAUUUAUUUUUUUUUUUUUGUCACCUAAUAAGACUGAAUUUAAGUUACAAAUGUGUAACAAUAAUUUUCUAUCCCUUACUAUUCUUGAUCUUCAUUGACAUGUGAAAUGUAUAAGGUUCUAUAAUAAGAUAAUUUUACGCAUUUCAUUCAAGCCAAAAACUAUUAGGUAGUCAAAUCUUGUACAUAUUUGUUAAAUUAAUGUAAAUAUUUGUUAAAUAAAUGAACAUUAAUAUUUUA